AUGGUUCCAGUGGCGUAUCUUGGAAUCGUCGCCGUUGGUGCCGCUUUUUCUGGAGCCAACCCAGCGUUCACUGAGAAAGAAUUGGAAUACCAAAUUGCAACUCUGCAACCAAAAGUUUUGUUGGUUCAUCCGACGUUACUUUCGACCGCCAAAGCCGCUGCCGCGAAAGCAGCUGUUCCAGGUCUGCAAUUAUAUAUCUUCUCCGACCAGGAAACAGGCUCUCUUGAGGGUUUCCGUGAUUGGAGAGUCAUUCUUAGCACUCUUGAGCAGGGUGAACGUUGGCAUUGGAGAAAGCUGAGUCCGGAAGAGUCCGAGACUACAAUCGCAGCGAUCAACUUCUCAUCGGGAACCACUGGAUUGCCGAAGGGCGUCUGUGCAUCUCACUUCAAUGUAAUCUCGAAUGUGAAGCAAAUCUCAUCUCUGUAUGACUUCGACCCCUCUGAAAAAUGGGCAGGGUUUCUGCCUCUUUAUCACGCGUAUGGACAAUGCUAUGCCAUUUUGAUAGCUACCAUCAACCAGAUUCCUAUUCUCAUCAUCAGCAAAUUUGAUUUUGUCGAUUAUCUCCGGAUAAUUCAAGUCCACAAAAUAACCCGACUACAAAUUGUUCCUCCCAUCAUGAUCAUGCUAGCUAAAAGACCCGAAACCUCGGGAUAUGAUCUAAGUAGUGUCAAGGAGAUACUUUGCGGAGCCGCUCCGCUUUCGAGAGAACUUGAAGCUCGGGUGUCGAAGAAAUUCAACGUCAGGAUCACGCAAGGUUGGGGCAUGACUGAGACAACAUGUGCCGCGACUGGAGUUCCAUAUUAUGAGAACCAUCGCACUGGCUCUGUGGGGAUUCUCAUGCCCAACACAGAGGUGAAGCUUGUCACAGACGAUGGUCAGUAUGCUGCUAUUGGAGAAAGUGGAGAGCUCUAUGUUCGUGGCCCACAGAUUGCUAUAGGGUACUGGAGGAACGAGCAAGCAACACUUGAUACAUUUGACCCUGUUGGUGGGUGGUUGAGGACUGGUGACGUGGCCGUGGUGAGCACAGAAGGAUGGAUGUCGAUUACUGAUAGGAAGAAGGAGUUGAUUAAAGUCCAAGCCCUUCAAGUGGCACCGGCAGAGAUCGAAGCGGUACUCAUAGAGCAUCCAAGUAUCGCAGAUGCCGGUGUUGUUGGCAUAACUUUGGAAGAUAGUGAAUGGCCAAGGGCAUAUGUGGCGCUAAAAGAAGAGGAGACAGCAAAUGUAACGGAGAAGGAAAUUCAACAGUGGUUGGACGCUCGUGUGGCAAAACAUAAACGACUGGUUGGAGGGGUCGCAUUUGUACCUGAAGUUCCUCGAUUGGCUAGCGGCAAGAUUCAAAGGAGAAUCAUGAAGGAGUGGGCAAAAAGAGAUGCAGUGGUAUUGAGCUCUCGGCCGAAAUUAUAA